GUUUGCGUCGUUACUCGCUGCACGCCGGCAAGCGCGGCGUGAUACAUCUCUUGCCGUGCGAGAGCGGUGGUGGUGGGGGGUUUCGUCCAUGCCACUUGUGAUGAACUCGUAAACCCGUUAUAUAGGAAACAAGUUUCACGCGAUUAAGUUCGCGUUAACAUGGGCGGCAUAUGGAGCAGGCAGAACGUCCGGGUCGAAGAGGUGGACUUUGCCGCCAACUGUGCCUAUAGGUAUCCGCCGAAAACUGGCAACUACUUCGCGAGCCACUUCAUCAUGGGCGGGGAACGGUUCGACGCCAAUCAGCCAGAGGCGUACCUGUUCGGCGAGAACACCGACCUGAACUUUCUCGGAGGCAAGCCAACGCCCUUGACAUGGGCUGCAUCUGCCGACCUUCCCCAGUUCCCGUACCCAGCGCCACAGGCCAACGAGCCCACGAGGCCUCUUCGAAGUCUUGUCAACAUUCGGAAGGAAUCGUUGCGCUUUGUCAGGAUCCAAGACGAGUCCAAGGCGGACGACGAAGUAACGGACGUGGUCCCGCCGUGCCGGUACAACAUCGAGUUCACAUUCGACACGGACGUUCGUUGCGCCAUCACCAUCCACUACUUCUGUACAGAGGAAAUCACCAGCAAUGGACUAAUUUAUAGCCCGAGAAAUGCGGAGAUGAGCUCGGAGACGUACCACUACAAGCGCGGUGCCAAUCAGCAGUUCAGCCAGUCGUCCCACAUUUUUGAUCCAAGUCUUUACUGUGAGGAAGAGCUGACUUACAACUUCGAGGAUGAAAUUCUGCCAGUUGUGAUCCACUGCCUGGCAGAGGAAGGUGAUGAGCCGCGGCAGUCGCACGUGUUGGUCGCUGUGGUAGAGAAGAACUCUGACAACACGUACACGCUCAAACCACUCAAGCAGAAGCUCUUCGUCGACGGCCUCUGCUAUCUGCUGCAGGAAAUAUACGGCAUCGAGAACAAGAACGUGGCCCAGACCAAGCCCCCGACCGGAGACGAGGAGACGGAGGACAGUGGCGCCGAGUGCGUCAUCUGCAUGUGCGACAGUCGGGACACCCUGAUCCUGCCGUGCCGGCACCUGUGCCUGUGCUCGUGCUGUGCCGACUCGCUGCGCUACCAGGCCAACAACUGCCCCAUCUGCCGUGCGCCCUUCCGCGCCCUGCUGCAGGUGCGCGCGGUGCGCCGCACGCUAUCCUCAGCCGUUGCCGUGCCGCACCUCGGGGGCUCGGCUGGAGAUGCCCAGACCUGCCAAGACAUUCCACCAGGUUAUGAAGUUGUGCCACUGGUGGAGGCCCUCAAUGGACCAGUCGUAAGCUCUGCACCAGCCGCCGCAAUGCACCUGACAGUAGGCCUGCCACCUGAAGCUGGAACACCCGAGGGGCCGGCAGCAGCCAAGCCUCGAAGGAGUGGAAGGCGGCGUUCAGGCAGCACUUCGUCGUUGCAGACGGACAGCGCCGGAGCGGUGGCACCUCCAGAGGUGGUGGUGGCAGCAGUCGUUUCGUCGGACCCCGAGAAGGGGCGCGCUGUGUCUCCGCUUGGUCCGGACGUCCGCUGGCACCGGCGGAGUUCUUCCCGCGCAGCGCCGGAGCAAGUUCGUCUGCUCUCGGAGUCAUCAGAGGGCUCCGCUAGUCGUCGAAAGGAGAACCUCUUGUUGGGCAAGCUGGUCAGACAGGAGAGAAGACGAAUUCAGGCACACAACGAACACAGGCGAACACAGUUGCGGGGUCGAGAGGCAGAAGCAGCGGAGACACGCUCGCUGCUCGAAGGAAACGGAGGCGGCGAGUCUCGGAGCCAGGCGGCGACUUCACCAUCGGCGCACGGAAAGGUGUCUGCUUCGACACCGCACUCGCUGCACCUUUGCCAGGCCAGGCCAGACAAAGAGAACAAGGCUACGGACACUUCGCCAGGAGCAGAGGACUCUGACUACUACACCCCGGAAGACCCAGCCGUGCAGGAGGGAGGUCACUUUCUGGUCGACCAGGGGACCGACACCAGCUUAGACACACCGCUCGCAGAGACGCCCAGCGCCGAGAGCUCGUCGGGAACGGUGGUGCCGACGCCGUCGAGCGGCAGCAGCAGUGCCAAGAACUCGCCGGACGCCAUGGCGCUGCGCCGGCGGCGAGCCUUCGACGACCGGUGCUCCCCGGUACACGAGGAGGAGCGCCCCAUCGAGCUGGUGGAGGUCAAGAAGGCCACCACGCCGCUGGCACCCACGGGGACUACCACAUUUGAGGCACGCACCCAGACGACAUCGCCCUCCCGUCCCUCCGCCAGCAGCAGCGUCGGCCACGCCGAGACUAGCAUCUCUCUGCCGGGCACUCCCGCUAGCAACGCAAGCAAUCGCAGCAGCGGCGACAGCUGCAGCAGUGGCUCGAGCACGCGCCUGCUGCUGUCUGGACGACACACUUCCUCUCAACCUCCAAGCAAAACCACAGGUGGCAGCGUGGACUGAUGACAACUGCGCAGAAAGAAAAGAAAGAAGAAAAAAAAGAACAGAAGACAAACAAAAGUCAGAGAAAAACAAAAGAGAAUGGAAAAGGAAAGAGAAGUUCCGAGUUCCGCCGAGGGCAAGCCAGAUCUGCGGGUUCGCAUUGCUGGAGGAAAAGGAGAUGUGCCGUCAUGUGCACGGGCUGCCGAUUGCCAACACUUGCCUUGCCAAGAAGUACUUCAAGAAGUGCUUCUUGCCUUUGCCAAGAAGUACCAGUAGUUCUCACACAACUCAUGAGGAGGCGGGCCGUAUACCUUCGAGGUGCACCACUUGCGUUGCGCGCCACAUAGUGCCAAGCCUACUGCAGGCUUAGUUCGUUAGGCUUGCACGCUAAGCCUCAGGAGAGAGAAAAUUGCGGUCGUGAAAUUCAGGCCAUUGGAAGAGGAGUGCAAGGCUGGGCACCAUGCUAAUAUGGGAGUUCUGUCUCUGUGAAGCAUGCAUAGGAAAUGGGCUUGGCCCUGUGUUUUAGUGCAUUCAUUGUCACCUUUGGCUUUUAAUUUUGAUCGCAGCUGCCAUCAUCAUCGCAGGCUAUGGGAGGUGAAGGGAAGGGUCGGUGUGAGAUGCAACUCUGCGCGAGUUCAGAAUAUUUCUCAGCGAAGUGGCUGGGGCAGAAGUGUAGCAAGGUGCUUUUGCAUGCUUAAUUGCCUUUGGCAAUUAAGACAUAUCAAUUGGGGCCAUUACCUACUGUUGAGGUGGAAUACGUGACUGGUGGCUGGUCUUGGUAAAAUGUACAUAGCUGGUCUUUCUACACGGCGUGCCUGGAAACGUGUAGCUAAAUGAUAUUGUAUUGUAGUAAUGAUACUUGGGCUCUGAGUUCACUCAGCAUCCCAAGUGCUGGAUAUACAGUCAGCAUUGUCAAUCCUUUCUUUUUUCAAGAGCGCUGACGUGAAAUGAAGUUAUUUGGUUCACAAGUCUUCAUAUGCGACAUAACGAGCAACUGCUUGUCGAGGAAGUUGGUGUCUUUACCUAAAAGAACAAAAUAUACUUGGCUCGUGCUCAAAGGUUAGUGGUAAAUAUCUGUAAGUGCAAGGCUGAUAUAUGUAGCGAGGUGUUGACAGCGUAACCAGGAAAUUCACUAAAAGUUGGGCUAGGGCUAUGCACCGGUGUUUCACAGGGAUACAUUUUUCCACAGGUAGACUUAUUUUGUGGAUUCUCAGGUCUGAUUGUGAUUUGGUCCCCCAAUUUCUGAGUUUGUCUGGUGCAUUUUGUUUGCCUAUUUUCUUUGUUUGCAGCAGCUGAAGUGGCGGACACUUGCUUGGGACAGUUAAACGUUCUCGCAUAUAACAGGAUAAAAAGGCAGAUUUUUGCAUGCUUUUAGCUCGUCCUUACCUGUUGGAUCAUUGGAUCCACACAACGCUGUUGUUCUAGAUGUUGUGCUUCAAUGUUUUAUUACCCCAGUGGAUUAUAUCCUCGCAUAAAAUUGACAUGCAUAGUCUGAAUGUUGUGUCUCACGAGUUUGCAUAUGCUCUGCUUAUUUUGACGCUGUCUUUUAGAAAGCUAUCAUUUUCAUUGCAAACGGAAUGUUAUUUGGUUUCCUGAUCUCUUGACCUUGUUCAUACAUGUUGAGAUGAAAAACGUGCUAACUGGAGAAAUGUUGACAUCUGCAUAAUGCGAAGCAUUCUGUGAAUCGUUGCAGCACAGUGUGAUGGGACACACCAAGCUGGUAGGGGCCAAGAGGCUCGAGGCGUGCAUUGUCGUCUUUGUGGCUUCGCCAAGCUGACGUUUGCGUUCCUUGAAUUCGACGCGAGUCAGCAGCGUUGCAGAGCGGGUCAUUUUGGCAGGAAGUUUUGACAUCCAUACUCGGCACAGUCAUUUUUUGUGUUCUCGAUUGCGAAUGUCGGCAGCAGGAAAUCGUAUCUAACAGGAUCGUAUCCGCGAGGUUCUACUGUAAUGCGUUACACUAUCGGGCUAUGUUGCUAGGUUGGCCAUCACGCCAUCAUUUAUGCUAACUAGGUUGAUGUCAUGCUUAUUCGGUUCUGACAUGAUCAAGUCGGUUUAUUGUGCACUUUCCCACAAGGAGAGCCCUCCAGGCGCAACCGGCACAUUCUUUUGGUCAGUGCCACUUCUUGAAUCUCUUUUACGUUAACCUGAACAUGACAGGGCACACUUCGCAGAUGAUAGAGCGCUUUUGUGGUGUUGCAACACUGGUGUCAUGCAGCUAGUUCAGAAUUCAGUCUCCACAUAUUUUGAAAUCCAGCAGGUUGAGAGGCCAUCUUCAUCGUUGCAUUAACCGUCUACCUUAGAGAGAUGCUUAACACAACAUUAAUAAGUUGCAAUAUUUCAGUAGUAUAUGGCUUCAUUGCCAGUUACAAUUGAACUCUGUUAUAACAAACAGGCUUAUCCACUGAAAAUAGUUAUAUAUAUAUAUAUAUAUAUAUAUCAGUGAAGAAGCCAGAACAGAAUCCGCUUACUAAAAACAAAACUACGCAUAGUAGGCAGAUUUGGCCGGUGCCCUAAGGUGUCCCUAAAGAGUCGCGAAGCGUGGCGUGUUCAGCAGGCGCAUUUGAGUAGACCAGCUUUAGCGUGCAUCCCUCAACGAUGGCCUGUACCAGUGCAACACAUCCACUGCAAAAGAACAUUCUGAAACAUCAUGCAAGGCAGCUCUACAUUUGCAAUGGAUGCCUCGAGUUUAAUAUACACAUUCAAUGUUGCAGUUCGUUACGAAGGAGUGAUUUUACAUGAGCAUUGCAAGUUUAGCAUGUUCAACAUUGAGCAUGUAAUUAGAUUUAUCCAGAUUCAUUAUAUUCAGGUUCAACUGUAGUCCUGUGUUUCUUGCAAGACUCGACCGACGACAGUGGGUCCCAGCACGCGGUGCUUACACCGUGCGACGACGCAUGGCUGCCCAUUUUUCUCGUCCAGUGUGCUGCUGUUUGUAGGUUGUGGCGUCUUUAUUUGCCACUUUCUCACCGACUACGUCAAUAGUUUAUCAGUCGAGAUAGACUUAAAAGUUGCUUUUAGUGUUCACUUGUCUCGUUGGAGUUUGCAAGAUGUAAGCAGUAGGUCAUACUGCACUUCUGGUCUACAAAUAAUUGCUCUGCAAAAGCAGGGGCUGUACAAAUGCUUUUAAGUGUGCAUACGGUGUGCCUCUAGAAGGCUCUUUUAGUUUUGUUU